AUGACCAAAGCUGCACAGGAUACAAAGGAUGAUAAUGAUAAUGAACAAUUGAUUAAUCUUGAUGAAGAUGAAAUCAUUCGACGUCUGCGUGCUCGAGACCAACCUAUUCGACUUUUUGGUGAAUCCAAUCAGCAACGACUUGGUCGACUUCGUAAAGUCGAAUCUACUGAAGAAUGUACAAAUGGUCAACGUAACGACUUUAAAGAUCUAUUACAAGCUGCUGAUAAAGGUCUUGCUGAAACAUUAUUACGUGGUAAAGGCAACCAAGAAGCUGAUGCUCAGUUUGAAAAGAAAAAGGCUAAAAACCCAUUCAAGGAUAUCGAUACUUCCAUCAUCUCGCUUGAACUACUUCAGGCUGAUCGUGAUACCACCUGUAAUCUAAUCGCUGUCUACAUUAAGCGACUGCUGCUUGAAUGGGCUAAAGAACUACAAUCUCGUCCUGAUGAGCAACGUCGCACUACUCAAGGAAAAUUACAGGCUGCAACCAUGGCUCAGGCUGGCGAAUACCUUAAACCCUUCUUUCGUGGACUCAAGAAGCGUGAUCUGGCUGAAGAUAUUCUGGCUCGUGUUACAGAGAUUUGCUACUACACUCAGCAGCGCGAGUAUCAGCAAGCCAACGAUGCUUAUCUUCGUUUGUCUAUCGGAAAUGCUCCAUGGCCAAUCGGUGUCACAAUGGUUGGCAUCCAUGAACGUAGUGGUCGUGAAAAGAUUUUCUCUUCUCAGAUUGCACACGCUCUUAAUGAUGAAACUCAACGAAAAUGGAUUCAAAGCAUUAAGCGCUUGAUGACAUUUGCUCAAACGAAAUGGCCUCCUGAAGAUCUUUCUAAACUUGUUGGCUGA